UUAUCAAACAACAAUAUGCUGCAAAUUAUUUUCCACGAAGCGUACAUCAAAAAAGCAGGAAUGGAUGGCCGAUUGCUCAGAAAGAUCAACGCUCCCUCUCUCUAAGUGCAUCUUCGCCUCUGCAUAAGGCGAUUCCAACAACAGACAGUAGAGAUGGGAAAAGAAAAUCACAGAUCAAGCAUCUAAGUUCCUCCUGAUUUCGCGUUGAUUUUUAAGAUUUCUUUUUUGGACUACUAUUUCACUUUUCUUCUCUGAUUUUGGACUGCAACUCUCGACGGAAAGAAAGAGAAGGAGAUCUGGGUUUCGGUCGAUUAUUUAAUUAUUUUUUUGCCUUUGUUUGUUUCUCGAUCGGUUCGCUUCUCGGCAAACAGGUGAGCCGUUACCAUUAGAAUAAUUGGAAAUCUAGCAGCAAUGGCAUUCUGCAAAACGUAUGAUGAGAAGCCAUUGGUUAAUGAGAGAGGAUUAUCAUUGGGCAGCAUGCAUGAUGUUAGAGGUUUGAAAUUCUCUAGCCUUAUCAACUCUGAUUUGACUUGGAAGAAGGUUGCAAAAGGCAACAGGACUUCAUCAAGGCGAGCUAGGAACUUGGUUUCUAGAAGCCGGAAUACUGGUGAGGAACUGAUAAAAAUGGAUUCCAACGCUAUGGACAUGUCAUUUUCUGAAUAUGAGAAGCUUGGAGUAAGUGUUCUUGGGUGCCGCUUUAGUGAGAACGCAGACCUUGUGCAUAUAAAGAAAAGGAAAUUAAUGUUCAGAUCACCCACUCCACCACCCAAAGACCCAUCUCAACAUCCCAAGGAAAAUGAAAGGCUCCUAAAAAGUCAACCUGAAGUAGUUGAUUAUGCUGCAUCUGCAAGUUGCUUGGGUCCAACUGUUGAUACUGAGCAUGAUGUCGGUGAGAAGAAAUUUGAGAGGCAAAAUAAGCAACUUAAUGAAAGGGAAGAAUUCUCUGGUAUCUUCAUACUUGCUGCUACUGCCUGCCGUGAUAGUGUUGGAGAAGUUGAUUAUGAGGAGGAUUGUGGAGUUGAAGAAUCUUAUACACUUGAAGUUUCCUCAAUGGAAAAUCUGUCAAAUAGAGAUGUUAAAGAUGACCAUAGUUCUGCCAAAAUUUCAAUUGAAGAACAUCCUGAAGAGUUUACUGCCUCAUUAAGAUUGCACAAUACUUCAACUGAUGGUAUAGUGCAGUCAAAUAAUUUUCACAAUAAGUCUAUGGGGGAUUGUUCUAUUGCAGUAGUAGAGGAUCACUUAACCAAGAAGUUUCAGGAAACAGAUGUAGUGCAUGUGUUUUCUUCACAAGAUGAUCAUUCAUUUUGGGAUUUGAAUACUUCAAUAGAUGUAUGGCCACACCCUAUUGAUAAUAAAUGUGAGGAUUCUCAUAUUUCAGAUGGGAUUACUGAAGACAUUAAGGGUGGUAAUUGUAGCAACAUGAUUAGGAACUCAGAAAGUGAGAGCAUGAAAAGGGGAUUUGGAAGUGGUAGAUGUCAUCCUGAAACUGAACUGCCACCAGCAGAUCCUAGUGGGAUAGUUGAUAAGCAACAAUUUUCAAACAUAAAGGAACUUAAAUCGGAUUCAUUGACUGAUAUUGAUGGGAUUAGUUGCUCAAAAGAAAAAUUGCCGUCUUCUGUUUCAAUUGAUAGUGCUACUGUAUCUUCUGACAGGAAUAAAAGCGCUUCAGUUCAAUGUUUAACUUUGAGCUCCACAGGGAAUGGCAAAAGCUUAUAUCCCCAUCAAGCUACAGGGUUGAAUGGUUGUGCGCAAAACCCUCUUCCCUCCAAAUCCAAUGAAUCUCUUAGGACCUUUAUUUCCAAAGAAAUCUGUGACGUGGCAUCUGUUGAUGUUACUUGUGCAAAGAAUGAAGGUGGUUGUAGCACUAUUGCAUGUGAAACGGUUUCCUCCAGUUUACAGGUUGAGGAAGUGGAGCUCGCUCCUUGUGUGACUUCCUCUGUUAACACCACCCGUGAGACAGAUGUUUCAAAUGAAGAUGCUAAGGGUGCCAAAGAGAAUUCUCUUUCUCAAUUUAAUGAAGUGGAAUUUCUCCCUUCUUCUCCAGGUGUUAAGAUGAUGCAAACCUUAAGUGACUUGGCUCUGGAUUCCAAGGUGAUAUGCAGCAAUGCUUUUAAGUAUGAUGAAACUGAUAAUGUAAUGCAUAAGGAAAGUGAGGAACCUGUGACGAAGUCUUCGGAAAUGUCUAUGGCAUUGUUACAUAGUCCCUCUGAUGCAUACGGAAACAACUCUAAGGAUAUUGUAAAUAGUUUUGAUAAGAUGGCUGUAGAAGAACGUUCUGACAAAGGUUAUAAUUCUGAAUUUUUUCAUGAUGUUCACACUGAUGUGCAAGCAAGUAGGUUUGAGGUGGAUUAUGAUUCUCAGUAUGAAGAUGGAGAAGUAAGGGAAUCUAUGGAGCAUAUCCGGCAAGAAUAUUAUGGUGAUGAUGUAGAAGCUGAACAUGUGGAUUAUGGUUCUGACAGUGAUAAUUUGGGUUCUGGUGCUGAAAAAAUUAUGACAAAUACACAGGGAAUGGAUUUCCAAACUUGUUUGAGUAGAUUGAGAGGAAAAUAUGCAAACGAUAUAGGUAAGACUGGUGGUAACAAUUACAGCAAAUCAAAAAUAGGGACUGACAAUGAGAUUACAGGUGACAGGAUUGAUUCUGGGGUGGACGAUAGGAGGAUUCAGGCAAGAAAUGACAGUGGCUGGCAAGAUAUAAACAAUGAUGAUGCGGAUGGAUUGGAUCCUGUUGAUCAGACAAGGAACGCAGAGUCCAGAACAUUCAGAAGGGAGUUGUGUUCUCGUAUUGAAGAGCGAGCAGUCAAUGACCUACCCUUUAUAAGGGGCAGGGGCAGAUAUGCUCAGGAUCCUCAUGCUAGAAGUCAAGGAGAUGAUCGUUUGGUUGAUUCUCAAGCCUGCAGUAGGGGCAUAAAGCACCAUCAUUUGUCCAAGUACCAUGUCCCAUUUUCUUUUCAUCACCUCGGGUCAGCAAAAGGCUUGCACCAACGUGUUAGAAGAAGCGGAUCACCAGACGCUAGAGAUAAGACUCUUGGUAUGCAUCGGCAUAUUAGACCAUCGAGGAACCUUAGUCCUGGUUGGCGUGUGACCCUUGGCAGGGGCAGGUCUAUGAGAUAUGGUCUGCAACUCGAAGGUAGAGGCCCCAGGGGUAGAUACCAUGGUUUUGAAGUUGAUGAUUGCUGCCAUUCUUCUGUGACACAUUCACAUCCUGUAGCCAAGAGAGACAGAAGUUUUUCUCCUAUUAAAAGUAAGGAUCCUCGUGUACAUCAAUCUCACUCAAAAUGUUCUUCAAGAUCUAGAAGUCAAUCUUCCUGUUCUGGGAAUCCAUGUUUUAAAUCCCGAAGUAAAUUCCCCAAUUUUAAAUCUGCAGUCAGAGUGCAGAGAAUGAGAUCACCUGAUCGGAGGCCUGGUCUUUCAGUAGGUAGUGCGAGAGGAUUUAGACCAGCACGAAGAAAUCAUUUUUCACCAUCUCGCAAUACACAAUGGAUUGUUGAUAGGAAGGAUGGUGUUUUUCAUCGUAAGGAGCAGAGUUAUAAUACACAUUCUUCAUUAAGCAGGAGAUCAAUGGGAAGAUUUGUCCAACAGGAUGACAGGUCUGUUGAUUCUUCACGAAGCUUCAGAUCUGUGUUCUCAAGAAGAUUCAGGGAGAUGAGUGGAGCUGGAGGAGGGAGUUCAAGAUACGAAGAGAGUGAUGAUGAUAGGGGCAAGCAUCGAUGCAGAUAUGGGCUAGCUCAUUCUGUGAAGCAAAAUGACAUGGAGGGACCUGUGAAGCGUUUUCGUUAUAAUGUUGCAGAUGGUUAUAGUUCUCGUUAUAGGGAUGUUCCAGAUUCCUUUGGCAAAGAGAGUCCCAAUUGCCAUGGCAGGAGCAUUGCUAGCCAAAUUGGUGACAUUCCAGGGAAGUUCAGGGAAGGUAGAGGGCCAUUUACAUAUCAAAGAGGGGGGAAAUAUGAUGGUGACUCAAAGUCAUCUAGGGGGCAGGAAGGUGACGAUGAGAUGGCUUCAAGGGGAUGAUCUUCUUGACCUGUGUCCCUACUUAUCUCUUAGUGUAUUUGGUUUACAGUGGGCAAAUCAGUAGGUAGAUAUAUACUUUGGAUAAAGGAACCUUUUCCAUUUUCAGUGGAAAGGCAUUUAGAUCCGUAGUUCUCAUUCCCAGCUUUAUUUUUAACUUUUCUUAAUUAUUAUUAUUAUUUUUUUUUUGAAUUUUGGUCGGGGCCUAUCUUUUACCCUUGUAUAUUUAUUCUCUUGUAGCCGAUUUUGGUGACAAGCCAAUUGAAUAUUGUCAAAUCAAUGAAAUGUCAACAUAUUUUACCA